AUGCCUCCCCCACCGCCUCCUCCACCUCCUCCUCCGCCAGGCAUGGGAAGAGGCAUGCCUCCAGCAAUGAAGCCAGUGAGUGGCAAGCAAGCGACAGGCGCAGGCAGAGGAGCACUCUUGGGUGACAUUACAAAGGGCGCACGAUUGAAGAAAGUCACACAAGUCAACGAUCGAUCUGCCCCUAUAGUAGGCAAAGUGAGCGACGGGCCAGCAGCAGUCCCAAUGGGUGCCCCUGCGAUUCCGGGCAUGGGGAAACCGCCCUCAGUGCCAUCAGGUCUAGCGCCGCCGGGAAACCGAGCAAGAAGCAACAGCGAUACAAAGGAUGGGUCAAGCGCGCCGCAACUGGCAGGAAUCUUCGCUGGAGGGAUGCCGAAACUGAGAAAGGCAGGCGGCGUCAAGACAGGCGCAGAGGACCAGGCACCCUAUGCUUCAGAUCCUGAGUCGAAUCGAGGCUCAGCGCCUAAGCCACCACGAGCAGCACCCAAGGCACCAUCAGCAGUUCCUCCAGCGCCCCCGAUUCCGAGCAUGCGACCACCGCUCAAUGCUCUUCGAGGUCAGGAUUCAAGGCCCAAUUCGGUAGCCUCAAGUAUAAGCGGGAAGCCCAAGCCUCCGCCUCCGAUUGGAAAGAAACCCCCUAUGCCGCCACCAUCCUCUCGAAAGCCCUCUGGUCUCGCUCCUUCUCCAGCUCGGGCACCGCCCUCGCUUCCCCCAGCACCGCCACCGUUACCUCCGAGUUCAACGUCUCCUAGACCUAUUGGAAUUCCUUUACCCCCGCCUCUACCGCCUUCACCAGCGCCUCAAGCACCAUCGCGAUCAACUCCGCCGCCUCCGCCCCCCUCUGUUCCUCCGUCAAUGAGCGCGCAAGACGACGAAGACGACGACGAAUACGACCCGUACAAAUACGAUAAUCGCGCACCCUCAGUUCCUCCGCCCCCGCCGCCUCCAUCGAAUGGACAUGCACCUUCUCUCGCAGAAACAGCUGCGCGCAAUGCUUUUAGUCGCACUCCAACACCUGCUGCCCCGCCACCUCCACCGCCAAGUGCCCCGCCGAGUAGACCUGCCUCUCAAACACCACUGCGAUCGAUGAUGGAUUCCAGCUCGUACACCUUGACAAAUGGCGGAUCAAGCAUGAAGAGCCCGACUAGCUCUCAUGCCGGCGGAGGUGGAAGAGAGAAGGGUAGAAUCAGGCCGAUUCACGAUCUGAGAUGGAGGUUUCAAGACGAAUCACAAUUUCCACGACCGAGAGAAUUCACUGGCGGACCAAAGAGAUAUCGCGCUGGACGAGGCAGCAGUGUGCCAUUGGAUUUGAGUGCGUUCGAAUAA